AUGUAUUGUUUUUUUUUUUAAAAAAAAGAAGAAGAAGUUAAAUUCCAAGUAAUCCAGAGUUAUCCUAAUUUUGUUUGAACUUGAGAAUUCAUGAUUUAGCAACUCUUAAUGCAACAUUUGCUACUAAUCCAUUCAGCACGGAAAGAGAAAAGUGAAGAAAUGUUGUUUGGUAGAAGGAACACCAGCACAACUGAAGUUAAACUCCAAGAGUUACCACUGUUCAAAUUUGAGGAACUGGCAACUGCAACAAAACAAUUUAAUCUUGCAAAUCAGCUAGGGCAGGGAGGUUUUGGUCUCGUGUACAGGGGAACAUUGCAAAAUGGGCAGAAAAUAGCAGUUAAAAGACUAUCUAGCGCAUCAGGACAAGGAUUAGAAGAAUUUAUGAAUGAAGUAUUUGUGAUUUCCAAGCUCCAACACCGAAAUCUCGUAAGGCUUCUAGGGUGCUCUGUGGAGCGAGAGGAGAAGAUUUUGGUCUACGAGUUCAUGCCAAAUAAAAGCUUGGACACUUAUUUGUUUGAUCCAAUCAGAAAAGAAUUCCUAGAUUGGAGAAAACGAUUCAAUAUUAUUGAAGGAAUUAGCCGAGAAAUGGCAAAAGAUAGACCAACAAUGUCCACAGUCAUUUCAAUGCUCAACAGCGAGAUUGUGGAUUUCCCUUCUCCAAAACAACUAGCUUUCAUUCUAAGCCAAAUUGCAACGGAUGCAGAGUCCGCUUCUCAUAAUGGUCAACAGAGAUGCUCUAUAAACAAUGUGACUAUGACAAUUGUUCAAGGCCGAUAAUAAGCAGGUCCUUAAGAUGAGCAAUUCCUAUUGCAUAGCAACUUGAAAAUAGUUUUAGUCAUAAGAAAAGGGAAGUAAGAUGAACAAUUGUUGCUACAUAGCAACUUGAAGAUGGUGUUAGUCAUAAGAAAAGGGAAGUAGCCUGCAUUGGUUUUGGUAUUAUUGACAUUUAAUUUUAAGUUAUAUAAUAAAAAAUAGCCAUCCUU